UUUUUCUACUUUUGUGUUACUUAUUUUUCCACUUGAAUGUUAUUUUUAUAUCAUUUAAGAUUCAGGAAAAUUUGCUUUCUUCUUUCAAUUUGGGAAUAUAUGCUGACUCCACCUCUGCUUUGACCGAUCUAUAUUAUGGAUUGUAUUUCGAACUCAUAAUUUUCUCUCACCUUUUCCCCUUACACCUAUCUCUACAUUCACAUUCUAGAUUCUGCUACAUUCUCAAACCCGCAUGAAUACCCCAUUUUCUCCUCACGUUCCAUCUUUCUAAUUCCCACUUCGAUCGUUCUAUAUUUCUCUUAUUAGUUUUGUUCCUAAUUUCUCGUGAACACAAUAUCUUAAGUUAGUAAUAAAGAAAUUAUAUAUUUCAAAAUUAAAAUAGACUGCAUAAAUAAGCUUAAUUACUUUUUAGAGAGAUGGUACAGAGAAUUACAUAAAUUGGUUAACUGUAAUCUCGACUCCAACUUUAUAACAGUUGCAAAUAUACAAUGAUGUAAUAAAUAAUGUGACAUAAUCGUAUUACAGAUUAUCAUAUUAUGGAUAAUAUAUUUCUACACUCUACGCCCUAUCUCAACUAACGUAAUAAUUUUAUUGCGUAAUAAUAUGAUUAACGAUAAUCACUGUUUUGGAACUUAUAUUUUCUUCUAAGUCUUAAAAAUUUACAGUAUACGUGACAAUGGAAAAGAUUACUUGUUAAUUAUUCCGAAUAUCAUCUUGCGUUUAUACUUUGAUCGUUCGUGCGGUAAAGCACGUAGAACCACAUUUAAGGCCAGCUUCAAGACGAGCGGUUUGUGGCAAAUCGGCACUGUUGGAAGAACGGAGAUAUAAAGUUCUUCUGUCUCACAAAAGAAAGACACAUACAUAUGUAUUUCUCUAUUCCUCCAGCUCGCCGUUGUUGCGGCAAUUUGCCGCAAACCACUCGUCUCAAGCUGGCAUAAUGAUGCACGUAAAUGAAGCCACAAGUCAAAGACCAGGCGCGGCUUAGAGUCGAGUCACGAAGCCGGUUUUUAUCGGUUGACUUCCCUUCAUCGAGUCAGUCACAAAUAGUCCGCAGCUCUGUUCGGAGUAUAUGUUGCUUAUUUUUGUGCCUUACUCGAGCCAGGACGCGACGCAACAGCUACCAGUGAAAAGUUUCCAAGAAUGCGUUCGACCAGGAAAUACGGUAACUUCCAGUGAAUGAACACAAUAGGAAAUUGUAUUUGUUGUAGUUUCAGUUAUCUUAGUUGGUAGUUACGUUCAUGAAACGCGUUUUUAACAGUGAUAAUAAUCUAAGUGCGAAUUACAAUGUAAUCGCUUGAUGUAUCGUCAUAAUUCAAGCAAUGCAACGAGAAAUGAGAAAAUACGUUUUAUUUCAAAGAAAUUUUUGCAGUCUACGAUCGACUCCAAGGCACGAAAGAAACAAGGGAUCGACGUCGUACGCUUGUCAUUCCUAUAGGAAUCGUAACGUGAAAGUGGAAGCAGUAUCUCGAUGAUGAUCAAUAAAAUGUCACGUGGUGAAGCUGAUAGAGGUUGGGCGUGGAUAAUUGUCGCCGGCGUGACAAUCAUUAAUCUGGCGAUACUUCCAAUACAGCAAAGCUUCGGUCUAAUCUUUAGGGAACGUUUUUUUUCACUCGAUAUAACCGCCACACAGACAUCGUUAAUUGUUCAUUUGAACGGUACCAUUACAAGCAGUCUAGGUUUGAUAAGCGGUCCAAUGAUGAAGAAAUUCACGUUUCGAAAAGUUGCCUUUCUUGGUGGUCUUACUGUUGCCAUUGGAAUCUGUGCGACUGCGUUCGCAGUCUCUCUCCCCGCCAUUAUUAUCACUUAUUGUAUUAUCGUCGGUAUCGGUCAUGGUAUCAUGUUUCCAGCCACGAAUCUCGCGAUGAACACUUAUUUUCGGAAAAAACGAAAUGUGGCUAUGGGAUUGUCAGUAACUUUAACUGGUCUUGGGCCUAUUUUGAUGCCGCUUCUAAUAGCAAAAUUAUUGGAAAAUUAUGCUACCACUGGGACUCUUUUGAUCAUCGCAGGUAUAGCGAUGCAUUCAUUGAUCGGGGCAGCGCUAUUGAAACCAUUUAAGGAAAGAGAAAUUACAAGUAUAACAAAGGACAAUGACAUCACGGCAUCUUCCGCAGAGAGCAAUGAAAACGGUAUACUGAGAGAAAUCAAAAGAUUAAAAAUUGAAAACGUAACUGAUGUCAAAAACGACGGUGUUAAUUCUCAAUUAUUGCAAGAACGAUUGGAACAAAAUACGAGCAAUUUUGAGCAGAAUUUAUCAGAAAAUGUGAAUAGCGAAAAUAGCAAAGGAGAGAAGAAGUCGAUUUUUGGAAAAAUAACACAGCAUAUGGAUCUUGACCUUUUAAGGGAUAGUCGUUAUGUCGCCGUCAUCCUAGGUAUGGGAGUGUCUUUAGUCGCUGAAACAAACUUCAACACGAUGAUUCCUUUCGUCCUAACCGAACUUUCUGGUCUUGAAAGGGACUCGAUCGCAACCAUAAUGUCUAUCCAAGCUGUGUCAGAUAUUACCGGACGUCUUUGCAUUCCACUCCUUGCGCACAAAGCUGGUUGGACAUCCAGGAACCUUUACGUGUUGUCUUUAAUAGGAUCCACCAUUGGAAGGAUCAUAUUAUCAACCUGGGGCAGUACGUACAUUGUGGUAAUCGGCGUUGCAUUAAUUAUUGGAAUCGCUAAAGGAACGAAAGCUGUCUUCCAAACGCUAAUAAUUCCUGACUAUGUAUCUCUUGACAGACUUCCAGCUGCAUAUGGGAUGCAAAUGGUUUGCAAUGGUAUAUUGUCUAUUGUCAUAGGCCCAUUAAUAGGUUUAGUACAUGACCAAAUGAUGAGCUACGUAGGCGCACUCCAUUUCACAUCAAUUUUGAGUUUAUCUUGUGUUGUUUUAUGGUACAUGGGAGGACUUUGGACAUUUAAUAAAAGCAUUAAAAACCAUAGCGCAAAAGAAGAAAUGUCUCAAGCACAAGAAAAUUGCCCUGAAUGUAAUGUAUAAGCAUUUACUAUAUACAAUUGGAUCGAUUAUAAACAGAAUUUCAAUUGGGAGAAAAAGUUCAAAAUUUAACAGAAGAAAUAUUUAGUAUAGUAUUGAUAAAAUAAAAUGAUUAAGUACCUUCCACGAAUAUGAUGUAAAAUUUAUGCGUGAUUUCGAAGCAUAUUAUGGAACAUUGGAAUCGGAAUAAUAUUGCAAGGAUUAAGAAGAGAAUAUUAUUAGUAUUAAAUGUUUAUGUUAAAUGGUUAUGUUAUGUUUAUUAUGACGUGCUAUUUAAUAUUAAGUUAUUAAAUCAAGCUAUCUUCGACUGAUUCUUAUAUAAUGUUAAAGACUCCUCGAGUGAUAAAAAACUUAAAUUAUUUAAUAAUGUAUAUUUGUAAAAUAUAGUUUUAUGGUAUAUUACAGUCUUUUAAUGAAGCCAUACAAGAGACAAAUUGAUUAACUCUGUUAGAGUUUCUCAUUUGAUUUCUGAAAAAUUCAUCUGAUAAAAUCUAAUACUAAAAUUGAAGAUCUUUCGGAAAACGAUGUUUAUCAAUUUGUCUUUUAAAUGGCUGAAUUAAUAAUAUCACAUAAUGUUGUUAUAGAAUAGUUAUUUUAUUUUGCUAUCAAAUUUUAUGCUGUAUGGAGCCAUGUAAAAAUUCAAAAGAAAAAAAAAUAAACAGUACAAUGUUUGCAAAUA